GCAACAAACAAUGACACAGCUAUUUGUGAGCGCUUUCAUCUUCUACAAGGCGAAUGAUGAAGGCGGCUGUUGACAUUAAAUAGGAUUUUUAAAAUUUUUAUGGAGAAGCUCAUCAAUCAUAAUGAGAAUUUUUGCGCAGAGGACACGACUGUUCUUGACAGCAGGAGGCAUAUAGAGUAGUAAAUAUAGAAGAAUCUUCGUACUAGAUCAGCGUAAGUAAAACAGCCUGUUGCUGUUAGGUACUCAUCACAUCAAUCAUGUCGAUGUCGUGAAGAAAGCUCUGAAAACAAGUUCAAGUUCUUCAGAAAAUAAAGUCUCAUAAGACAAAGACGAGCAGCAAGAACAAGAAGUAGAGAAUAGAAUGUCGAAUAUAAUGUCUUCUUUUCCGUCCACGUUCAUUUCCGGGCAGCAGGGUGGUGUGGCAACCGUGCCUGCUGCUAUUCGCCACCAUCGAGACUCGUCGCGAAGUCGUGCUUAUCUUGACGCAUUAACUGCAGACCUGGACAAAAAGCGACCGGCGUCUUCAUCGUCCUCCUCUUUGAGUGGUGGCGCGACUGCUGGUAAUCGAUUGCGGAGUAUGGAUUUCGACUACGUGAAAAGAGAAUACAACAAAAACAACAUCUCUUCAGCAGCCGCAGAAAAAUACUGUAGAAGGCAUACUACUCCUGCUGGCGGUGGGACCUUCGCAGACAAGGAAAAUCAACGUCCUGCUACAUCAUCUUCAUCGGCAUCCGUUUACGGAGCAGGCCACUCGUGGAAGUCUACCUACUACGCUCGCAGUCUAGACGCUCCUCCACUAGUUUCCUCUGAGUUUGCCACGUCACCCACGGGUCUAUUUCGCGCAACCGGAACGGACUUUCCACGAAUAUCGUGGUCGGGAAGGAAUCGAAGCCAUUUGAUAUGUAUGAAGAAAAGCGGGAUGGAGAGAAGCAUGUCUCGUGCAACUGGAGAGCACUAUGUUACAAGAGGCGUCUUGGGAAGCAAACCAAGUGAAAGAACUGACUCAGUACUAGUAAACUCACGUGAAGAAGCCCAUGAUGUUGUUGUGAACCAAGAGAAAAGCUCAGAGUCAGAACUUGCAGCUCCUCCGAUGCGGCGUAGUCGGAGAACAAGUGUGCUGCAAUCAUCUCUUGUGGAGGAUGCGGAGGUUCUUCCCGAUACUAAACUUGGUCAAACCUCCCAUGUUGAAAAUUUUCGUGGUGUUGAAAACAACAAGUCCAGGACGACAAGUAGAGGUGUAGAAAGUGCUGCAUUUGUUUGGAG